UUCCACACCACUGUAUGAUCAUUGUAUUCCCUUCUUUUCACUGUAAUCUGGUAUUUUAUAUGUUUUUAUUUUCUCCAAUUUUAGGAGGAGCUCAAUACAGCACUGAAGUCCUUACAGGAGAAACUUAAAAAGAGAGUAAACAUGAAAGGAGAGUUUGAGAAAACAGUUCAACACAUCAAGUCUCAAGCUGAGCACACAGAGCGUCAGAUUAAACAGCAGUUUGAGAAGCUUCAUCAGUUUCUCAGAGAUGAAGAAGAAGCUACAAUCACUGCACUGAGAAAGGAAGAGGAGCAGAAGAAGCAGAUGAUGAAGGGGAAGCUGGAGGAGAUGAACAGACACAUCUCAGCUCUUUCACACACAAUCAAAGACACGGAGGAGAUGAUGAAAGCCAAUGACGUCUGCUUUCUAAAGGAGUUUCCAGUCACGAUGGAAAGAGUCCAGAUCUCACAGCCGGAUCCACAGACGCCUUCUGGAGCUUUGAUUCAUGUGCCACAUUACUUGGGCAACCUGCCGUUCAGAGUCUGGAAGAAGAUGCAGGACAUUGUCCAAAACACUCCUGUGAUUCUGGAUCCAAACACUGCAGAUCCACGUCUCGUCCUGUCUGAUGAUCUGACCAGUGUGAGAUGGAGCAGAAACAAACAACCGCUUCCUGAUAAUCCAGAGAGAUUUGACAUCUUGCCAUGUGUUUUGGGUUCAGAGGGUUUUAACUCAGGAACACACUGCUGGGAUCUGGAGGUUAAAAAGAGUCGAUACUGGAGUUUUGGUGUAACUACAGCAUUAAACCAAAAGAAGGGAAAUGUUUUCUUUAACACUGAUGUCUGGAGUGUGCAGUACAGAUCGUCUGAUCAGUUUGGUUUUCAUGUUAAACAGGAUCUUGAUCGUGUGAGAGUGUAUCUGGACUAUGACAGCGGAACGGUGUCAUUCUCUGAUCCUAUAACUAACACACAUCUACACACAUUCACAACCACCUUCACUGACACAGUCUUUCAUUUCUUCAGUACUGCUGAUUUUCUGAGGAUCUUACCGUUCAAUAGUCAGUAA